AUAAUAAUAAUAAUAAUAAUAAUAAUAAUAAUAUGUGAAACAAACCAUCAGGUACCACAUUUACAGUGCGACCAAAUUAUAUUACAUUAUAUUUAUUUGCUUAUUUAUUUAUUUAUUUAUUUAUUUAUUUAUUUAUUUAUUUAUUUAUUAUUAGUGUUGUAUUUAAUCUUAUUUUUUUCAGAUUUAUUUUAACUAUUAUUAAUAAGAUUGUUAUUUGUAGUAAAAGUACUGUUAUUGUCUAAAUUGAUUAUACCCCGUCUUUUUUUUUUAAAUCUCUGGAGAUGUGGUAAUAUUCUUCUUCUUCUUCUUCUUUUUUUUCAUCAUGAUUCCUGUUGUGAUUAUUUCCCCUUUUUUCUGUUGACGCUCCUCUUUGGUGCACAUGUGUCCUGAUGUUUGUGUUGUUAUCAGAUAGAUGAGCCACUUUGAUUGAAGCGUUUGUCUUGUAAAUGGGGCCCUUUGAUGGACGAGCCUAAAGACUUGACGGAGUGCUGUGGCUCUUUUGCCAUUGGUGUUUGGCUGGUCACGUGGCGUGGUCAGGAAGGUGAUAUGAGGGUGGAAGGUAGUUUUUUUUUUUUUUUUUUUUUCCCCUUUUUGUUUUUCUUACAGCUUUGACAUCCUACCUAAGGUCAGGACACAGGGUGCGACCAUUAAUGACGGCUCGCUCCAAGUCAGGUCUGAAACAAAUCCACCAGGCCCAGGUUCCAGGAUGAACUCCUACUUAGACUAUCCGGUAUGCAGCCGCGGAGCAAAUGUUUUUAGCACAAAAGCCGGAUACUCCAAUUUAAACCCCGGGUACGCAGCGUCCAACUCUUGCGCAACAAGUGAUAGUUACGCACCGGACGGGUGUUUGGUGCCUCACCAGGCUCCGAGCGUCCCGCUGCACCACCAGCAGCAGCACACCAGUCUGGAUCUGCAGUUUUCAGCAGCAGGAAACCCCGUGUACGGCUCAUCUCUGGAGUACGGACACCACCAGUUCGGCCUCGGUCCCGACCAGGACAGGAGCUUCGCGCACACGCAGGUAUCUCCUCUCGGAACGAGCGUGGCUCCUUACCCCGGGAACGGCUGCGGCCCGGGCCAAUACGUGCAGUAUCCGGACCAGCGGCAGCAGGAGUACUCAGAGAGUGUUUACAGGAGGCUACCACCCCAGUGCCAGGAGAAAGACCAGGAGGAAACUUCUAAAACUUUCGACUGGAUGAAAGUGAAGAGGAACCCCCCUAAAACAGCUGUUCUGUCGGAGUUCGGGGUUCCGGGCCAGCCCAAUGCGAUCCGCACCAACUUCACCACCAAGCAGCUGACGGAGCUGGAGAAGGAGUUCCACUUCAACAAGUACCUGACGCGGGCGCGGCGGGUGGAGGUGGCGGCCAGCCUGGAGCUCAAUGAGACGCAAGUGAAGAUCUGGUUCCAGAACCGCAGGAUGAAGCAGAAGAAGCGAGAGAAGCUCGGCUGCGUCCUGGCCAGCAGCACUCCACCGGAGAAACUCUCUGAAACCGCGUCCACAAAUACUAAAGGGGAGAAACUGUGAACUGUGAUAGGACUUUAAAAAAAAAGCAAAAAAAAAGCGGUUGGGUUUCACCAUACCGUGGGAAAUAAAUACUCAAAGUGCUUGUGGACUUGUGAAUCUUUACAGGGUAUGACUGACUGCUGCUUUUCCUCUGAACUGGGUGCUUCUUAAAAAUAUUUUCAUGGAUUUAUUUUUUAUUUUUUACCUCUCCAUAAUGAGCUCAAGCUGUGCUUUGUGUUGUAUCACUGAUCUCAGUGUCAUUGUUUUGCACUAUUUAUUUACAGGGUAUUUUCCAACACUUGUUCAGAUGAUUUAGCUUAAUAAAGACUAUGAAAUAUUAAAGACU